AGUGCGGCGGAAAGAGUACCCCUCAUUAAUCCAGAUCUGUCACCGGUCAAGAUUGUGGGGAUGUCGUGGGGCUGGCCGCGCGUGGUGCUGCACGCAAUGUCGUGAACACUGUCCUCGUCAAUCGCCGUUGGCGAGCGGCAUUGCACACAUGGCGAGGUGGGCUUCACUCAUUCUGAAGAGCUGGGGACUGAGCCUGUCCACUGAUCGUUGCUGUCCCUUAAUACACCAACGUAGUCCAAUAUCCGGUUGCGGUUGCCGUGGCUCAUGGAGUGGCAAUCGCGCUCUGCCCGCGCCAACGCUCCAUUGGUCGCAUCCUGGCCUCAGUAGCUUCCCGGAGGCCAACCCGCCGUCACCUCACCCGCUCUCAGGCGCGUCGGGGGGAGUAUGAGUACGAAGAGAGGUCCCU